AUGCAAACUUUAAAGAAAGUAGUGAUCAGUGGAGCAUCAGGCUUCGUUGGCAAGGCAUUGUCACAAUCACUCAAGGCAUCUGGAGUGUAUGAUGUGUACUCAUUGGUAAGAAGAGCACCUGGAAACUCAUCAGAGAUACAAUGGGACCCUGAGAGAUCAUCAAUCGACACUGAAGCAUUCAACAAUGUCGCGCCAGACGUUGUCGUCCAUCUGGCAGGCGAGAAUGCCAUCGGUCUAUGGAACGAACAGAAGAAGCAGCGUAUCCUCGAGAGCAGAGUGAAGGGCACUCGUUUACUAUCAGAGACUGCUGCGGCAAUGGUCAAGCCUCCCCUAUUCAUCAGCGCCAGUGGCUGCACAUACUAUGGCACGCAAGUUCAUGAACCCCUGGACGAGACUGCACCCAAGGGCCACGGCUUCUUCACUGACGUCAUCGAGAAAUGGGAAGGCGCUUGCGAAGCCAUCCGAGCAAAGUCACGCGUGGUCAACAUGCGCAUCGGCAUUUUCGCCAUCGAUCAUGAUAAUGUAUCGGGACCGAUCAAUGUCACCAGUCCCAAUCCAGUGACCAACACAGAGUUCACCAAGAAGUUGGGAAGUGUCCUGAACCGUCCGACAAUAUUCUGGAUUCCAGAGUUUGUCAUCAACACUGUAUUCGGUCGCGAGAUGGCUGGUGAGACAAUACUAAGCAGUCAGCGAGUGUUUACCAAACAAUGGAUACCAAUUCAUUGA